AUGGCCAUUAUUAUGCUGCCAUUGCUAAUCAACAUCAUUGCGCGAUACUGUGGUAUUUCGCAGUAUAUCACGUUCCCCAGAUCUGUCUUCGAUAUGAUGGGUCGUAUCGAUUACAUAAAUUCAUCUCUCUCACUUUCUUUUCCUCUCUAUCUCUUUCGCUCUCCCCCUCUCUCUCUUUCUCUCUUUAUUUCCCCCUCUCUCUUUCUCUCCCCUCUCUCUCUCUUUCUCUUCUCUCUUUCUUUCUCUUCCUCUCUCUCCCCUCUCCCUUUCUCUCCCCUGUCUCUUUCUCUCCCCUCUCUCGCUUUUCUCCCCCUCCCACUUUCUCUCCCUCCCUCUCUUUCUCUCCCUCCAUCUUUUCUCCCGUUAGUCUCCUUCUCUCUUUGUCUCCCUCGCUCUUUCACUCUAUGUCUUUCUUUCUCUCCUCCCUCUCACUCUCCCCUCUCUCUUUCUCUCCCUCUCUCUGUUUCCUUCUCUUUGUCUCCCAUCUCUCUUUGUCUCCCUUUCUCCCUCUUUCUAUCUUCAACUUCCUUUCUUUCUUUUUUUGUUCCAUUUCUGCCUUUCUCAUUUUCUUUCUCUCUUUCUUAUUCAUAUCUCCAUUCUUUCUUUCUUUCUUUCUUUUUUUAUCUUUCGUAUUUCAUUUCUCCUCUUUCUUUCUUUCUUUUUCUUUUUUGUUCCAUUUCUGCCUUUCUCAUUUUCUUUCUUAAUCACAUCUUAAUUUUGUCUUUCAUUCUUUUUUUCUCUUUCUUAUUCCAUUUCCCAUCAUUCUUUCUUUCUUUCUUCUUUCUUAUUCACAUCUUUUUGUCGUUCUUUCUUUUUUCUUUCUUUCUUUUUUCUUUCUUUCUUAUUCCAUUUCUCUCCUUUCUUUCUUUCUUUCUUUCUUUCUUUUGUUCCAUUUCUACCUUUCUUAUUUUCUUUCUUUCUGUCUUUCUUUCUUUCUUUCUUUCUUUCUUUCUUUCUUUCUUUCUUUCUUUCUUUCUUUCUUAUUCACAUCUUUUUGUCGUUCUUUCUUUUUCUUUCUUUCUUUCUUAUUCCAUUUCUCUUCUUUCUUUCUUUCUUUCUUUCUUUUUUUCCAUUUCUGCCUUUCUUAUUUUCUUUCUUUCUUUCUUUCUUAUUCACAUCUUUUUAUCGUUCUUUCUUUUUUCUUUCUUAUUCCAUUCUCUUCUUUCUUUCGUUCUUUCUUUACGUUAUCUGUUCAGCUUUUUCUUACUUCACUGCCCUCCAUCCUUCUUGUUCAUUCAUUUUAGUAAGGUCUUUCUUUCUUCAAAUGGUGGACCUCGAUUUUGUCAGUUUGCUUCUUUUUUCUUUCAUUUUUUAUUCCUUCUUUUUUUUCUUUUUGCUUUCUUUCUUCAAAUUAAAUUUCAUUACUACAUUCUUUCUUCUGGUGGACUUUCAUUUUGUCAAUACCUUCUUUUUCUUCACUCAUUUUUCAUUCUUUCUUUCGUUCGUUCUUUCUUUCUUUUUUCUUCCUUCCUUCAAAUUAAAUUUUCUUACUCUAUUCUUUCUUCCUGGCGAACCUUCAUUUUGUCAAUACCUUCUUUUUCAAUCAAUUUUUCAUUAAUUUUUUCUUCUUUCUUUCUUUCUUUCUUUCUUCAAAUUAAAUUUUCUUACUCUAUUCUUUCUUACUGGGGAACUUUCAUUUUGUCAAUACCUUCUUUUUCAAUCAUUUUUUCAUUUUUUCUUUCUUUCUUUCUUUCUGCCAAUUAA